GUCACAUGGGAAACAGUUAGGUGCGGACGGCAGUCGCGGCUCCCAUGCUUGCUUCAGUGUAUGUCAGUGUACUAUCGAGAUGAGGUCAGCUAAGCUUUCCUGGAUCAUUCCCUGGUGUGUCCUGUUCUUCGGAUGGCGGGUCGUGGAGAGCACCCUUCCCCCUCCCCCCCUGCCCCUUCCGGUCAGCAUCGGGCAGGACCUUGAGAUCGUGACGUACCACAUUCAGUCCCUGGUCAUCUCCCGCUACGCCGUCACCACCGUCACCUGUAGGAUCCGCAACCCGGCCCUCGAUCCUCAGGAGGCCACCUUCAGCAUCCUCCUGCCGGUGAACGCGUUCAUCUCCAACCUCACGAUAGAGGCUGGUGGACGGAACUACACGAGCCUGGUGAGGGAGAAGGAGGAGGCGCGGAGGACGUACGAGAAGGCCAAGUUCCGAGGACAGAACACUGCCAUCGUUCAUCAGAAAGAAAGGGAAACAUCGAGAUUCCGGGUCGACGUGAGUGUGUCGGAGCAGGACGAGGUCAUCUUCUAUCUGACUUAUGAAGAACUGUUGGAGCGACGGCUGGGCGUGUACUCGCACAAGAUCAACGUCCAUCCGGGAUACCCAGUCUUGGAUAUGUUAGUGGAUGUUACUAUCCAUGAAACACGGGAUAUUAGCGUCCUCUCCGUGGAGAAGGUACCGGGAGGAGAUUCUUUCAGGAAUGCUGUGACGGAAUGGCGAGAAGGCGGAAAGACGGCCCGACUGCAGUAUGACCCCGACCGAGAGUUGAUGCCCAAGGACGGGGUGAUCCACGGCCAGCUCGAAGUGCAUUAUGAUGUCCAAAGAGCUCUUGAUGCCGGGGACAUUCAGAUCGAAGAUGGAUAUUUCGUCCACUUCUUUGCGCCCAUCGACCUGCAGUUUACCCCAAAGCACAUUACCUUCUUGAUCGACACUUCUCAGUCCAUGCUUGGCCACAAACUUGUUCAGGUGAAAGAUGCCUUACGCCACAUCCUGAUGGACCUCAACGCGGGAGACACCUUCAAUAUCAUCCACUUCUCCUCGGCCUCCUACAAGCUGGGGACGAUGCGCUACACGGGGACAGCAGUUCGGAAAGCCAAGAAGUUCAUCAACAACCUCCACGCCGACGGAGGGACGAACAUCAACGACGGACUCAGGGUGGCAUUAGAGCAGGAGAAUAACAUGGGGGCAGAAGGAGUGCGACCUCAUAUCAUCAUCAUGCUGACUGAUGGACAGGCUACAGUGGGCAUCACACGUUCAGAUAAUAUAUUGAAGAAUGUGAGGGAGAGGAACAAGGAAGGAGCAUCCAUAUUUUGCCUUGGUUUUGGAAGGGGGGCUGACAUGAAUUUGCUAGAAAGAAUAGCACAUCAAGUUGUGUAG